AACAGUUCUUGCCCUUUGCUGUCACCGAGCCGAUGAGUGAAGAGCCGUGUGUGUUCUACUUCUGUUAGUGCCAACAUGGCUGGUGCAUCGGAACUUGUCGAAACUGUCGUCCAGGGGAUAGAGAGGCAGGACCCAGCUAUACUUGGUGUGCUUAUUGCUAUCAUCGUUGGCUUUAUCACCGUCUUGAUCUUGAUUGUGAAGAGCAGGAGCCAGAAUAAACGACAGGGUGUAUUGCUUCUGGGCAUUUGUGACGCAGGCAAAACACUCAUCUUCUCUAGGCUGGUGCACAAAGGAUUCAAAGAAACGUACACCUCUAUCAAAGCCAACUCUGGGGAAUAUGCUGUACCAGAGAAAAAUAAAAAUCUGAGAGUGAUAGAUCUACCUGGACAUGAGAGAAUCAGAGGACAGUUGCUGGAUGAGUUCAAGUCUUUAGCCAGAGGUAUCGUGUUUGUGGUAGACAGUGGAACGUUGCAGAAGGAAGUCAAGGAAGUUGCAGAGUACUUGUACAUGUUAUUAAGUGACAGAACUGUGUCCAGCAAUGCUCCACCCAUUCUCAUUCUGUGUAACAAACAAGAUCUCACGCUGUCCAAGGGGGCAAAGGUCAUCCGCAAGCAGCUGGAAAAAGAAAUGAAUACUCUUCGAAUCACAAGAGCUGCAGCUUUGCAAGGUGUAGGUGACACUGCCAACAACAAUGCAUACUUGGGCAAACGUGACAAGGACUUUGAUUUUGCUGACCUGAAGCCACUCAAAGUUGACUUUGCAGAGUGCAGUGCCCUUGGAGAGGGCAAGAGCACUGACAACCCUCAGAUGGACGACUUUUAUAGCUGGAUCUCUAACAUUGCUUGAUAUGAAGAAAUAGUAUGGCGGCUCUGCAAUAAACAGUGUAAAAGUGUUGGUUGACUGAAAUUAGUGGCACUUGAAUUGAAAAAGUAUGGUCUUUGUUUCAGCGCAGUGGAUGUGUGUUUGUGAAUGAUGUUUGUGAUUCUAUGUAUAUUUAGCAACAAGCUUUGCAUUAUAUUGCUAUGAGCAUGCUAUGAAUAUUGCCAGUAAGUGGUUGUACGUUUCUCUGUAACAUGUGUUUUUGCUUUUGGAGGUGUUAUGGAUUUAUUAAAAUAGGGAUCUAUAUAUC